GUCUAACGGUUUGAAAGUACGGCUUCUAUAGUAAAAUUACCAUGAUUUUUCAGCCCGAAAAAAUUUUUUUUCCUCAAAAGUCGAAAUAAGCAAAGAAAAGCCUAGAAUAUUUUUACUUGAGACCAUGGCGGAGGAAGACUUAUGGAUUUUCGGUUACGGCUCCUUGAUCUGGAAAACGAACUUUCCCUACAAAGAAAAAGUGGUCGGUCAAAUUCGCGGCUAUGCUCGAAGAUUUUGGCAAGGCAGUACUGAUCAUAGGGGUGUUCCAGGAAAGCCUGGAAGAGUGGUCACUCUUGUCGAAGAUCAAACGGAAAAUGUGACUGGCAUUUCCUUCAAAGUGGAUAGGCAUAUGAAAGAACAAGUCCUGGAAUAUUUGGACUACCGUGAGAAAGGAGGAUAUCAAUUGGUUCAAAUGCUUUUUUAUCCUGACACAGACAAUUGCAAACCUUUUAACGUACAAGUGUACUUGGCCACUGAGAAAAACCCGAACUACUUAGGGCCUGCAACUGAACGUGACAUUGCUCAACAAAUUAUCAAAUCAAAUGGACCGAGUGGUUCAAAUUUAGAAUAUUUUCUCAAGUUGAUCGAGAGCUUAGAACAACUAGGACCAUCACAUGUAAAUGAACAUUUGAAACAAAUAAGCAUUCACAUUGAGAACACAACAGUAUGCCAAAAAGCGUGACAUUGGCUGGAAAUAUUGUAUGGAAAAAAUAAGUGACGUAAAUGGUGUUAGCAUGUA